UGCCGGCUCCGCGCGUCCCGGCUCUUUGCCUAUAUCUACCUUCCUCCUUGCCCACUGAUCUCCUCGUCUCCAACUCCAAUGAGAUCGAUGCGCAACCGUGUUGUGACUGCGAGUGACCUGCUCGGCGCUCCGCUCUGAACUAGCUCCAAACCUCCCAUGGAUGAUGACAUAGAUUACAAAUCUUCUUGUUUAUCGAGUGCAGUAAACUGCGGGAGAACUCAUGGCCGAGAUCGACAUUAGACCACUAGAGUCCGUGCUGGCAGCCGUGAGCAUCUUCGACCGGGGAGGCGAGCAGAGCAGGCUCGGUCCAGACAGAAAUGAGGAACAGAUCGCCAUCUUGACCAAGGAGCUCGCGAUCUGCAAGCUGCAGCUGGAGGUCAGGGAGAGCCAGCACAAGCAAGCGACCAUGAAGAUCGAGGCCCUCGAGAAGGCCGUGCGGGACCUCUCGGACCAGUACGAGAAGGAGUGCAUGGACGCGCACAUGCGCAUCGUCCAGCUGGAGGCCGAGAACAUCGCGAUCAUGAGCCGGCAGGCGGAGGCGGACGGCGAGCGCGGGGCCCUGCGGGACGAGCUGGCCGCCGUGAGGGCCCAGCUCGACGAGGCCAGGGCGUCGGUCGCCUUCGUGCUGCGGGAGGUGGAGGCGAUGGAGACGCGGGCCAUCCUGGAGCGGGAGAGCACCAAGGACGCGCUGGUGCGGAUCCUCCUGCUCAACGAGACGGUGCUGUCGUCUGCGGUCGCGGCCAUCAGGGCCGAGGAGGAGAGGUCGGUGUUCUUCCAAGAGGCGACGCUCGAGUUGUUCAACUCCGACAGGAAUUUGGAGGUGGUGAGGAGGCAGACGAAGAUGAUGGAGAGGAUGGAGGCGGAGUGGCUGGUGAAGACGGUCGAAGUCGAGUAUCUGCGGUCAGAACUCAAGCAGAUCAAGGAAACUUGCUUGUCACCUGCAGACGGUUCUGAUGCAACAACGGCGAUCACAGCUCCCGGUUGCAACAACUUGGAUGAUCGUGAUCAGGUUCAGGCAUGUGAAUCAACUGUGAAGGAUAGUGAAGCGCAAGCGGAGUUCACGUUUCAGCACUCCCCAGAGGAAUGCUUUGUUUCUGAAAUCUUCAGAAAGGAUGGUCAUGUUACAGCGUCUGAUGGCAACAAGACGGGAAUCGAGAUAUCCGAAGAAGAUGUUGUAGAGGGUAAACAAGGAGCAGGCGCUACGGUUCAGGACACGACAGUCCUUGAAGGGAACCCCGAUGCUCAAGAGACAAGAUGCCAUGUCGCCAAGACCUCGGGAGAAGAUCACAAUGCCAUUCAACCUGACGACGGAAAAUAUACCAAGGCUGAAGACAAUCAUGAACCAGCUGAAUCAGACGGCGCACUCCCAAAAACCACGGCGUGCCGAGGCAAUGAUCUCCUCCUCCUGCAAGAUCACGAGGAGGCCAAAGCAGGCGCCGGCUUUGUCCUCGAGAGUUCAAUGGACGAUUUCCAGAGCGUGCGCUCUGACGCCAAGGACACCAGCAUCGCCGAGCCUCUAAACGCCGCGAUCGCAGGAAGCCAAGAACCACGAGCGGGAGCAGACGCCGCAGCUCGGACCUCCACGCCGCGCGAAGGCGACCCAGACACUUGCAUCGUGGGCACGGAGAUCGCCUCCAAAGACGGGGACGAGUUCUACACGAAGGAGCUGGAGCCCGAGCCGGGACAGGGAGGGAACAGGCUGGACGGGUACGUGCUCGUGUCGAAUAGCUGCGGCGACGCCGACGUCGCGGCCAAGGACAAGCAGCUGGACGCGGCGCGCACGGAGAUCAGCGACCUGCGGUUCAGCCUGGAGGAGGCAGUGCGGCGGGCGGAGCUGGCCGAGGAGGCGAAGGCGGCGCAGGAGCGGGAGCUGAGGGAGGAGCUCCGGAGGAAGCAGCACACGCCCUCGCAGCGGCGCACGACGCCGGACUCGGAGGGCGCCGGGCGCCAGGCGCGCUACGGGGCUCCUCCGACGCCCGUGCGCACGCGGGCGACGCCGUCACAUACGCCCGGGACGACGCCGACCUCCAGGGCGCUGAGAAGCGCCCGGCCGGGAGGGGAGGGCAUGCCGACGCCGAGCUGCUUGACGCUGGGAAAGGUUCUGAACAUGAAGUACAAGUGAAGUUUUGGUUCCCCAUGUUUUUGUGCUGUAGGAAGUAGGAACGGGUGACUGCUGAAAGUCUGAAAUUGUAGUGGCAUUUGAAGCGCGUUGUUUACCUUAAAUUUGCUGUUCACUAUGAAAUUGGUGGAUCCACGAUCCCUGAUGCCUGUUCAGAGUUCCAUGUAUACUCAGAAGUGCCUUUUCAUCGCAGGAUUAAUAUUACUUGGAAUGGUUCUA